UCUCUCUCUCUUCCUCUUGCUCUCUCUACCCAAUUCAGUCAUAUAGUUAGGGUUAACAACCCAGAUGGAGCUACACCAGAAAUAUUGUCUCAGGCAGGCAGACUGUUUUUUUCCUUCCUUCCUUCCUUCCCACCUUCUUACUCUCUUCUCCUUCCAACUCUCUCUCUCUCUCUCUCUCACACAACACUACUUAACAUGUCUUGCUAGGACAUAGCCAACUUGGUGGUUUUUCGCAGGUACCUACACCCAACCCUCCCUCCAGAUGUCUGUGUUGUGCCUGCUCUCGCUGUUUUGUCUUCAAUAAUAUUUCCAUCAAUUCAAACAAAUACCCACCUACCCCGCCUGCCUGUCCACCCGUCCAACCAAAACAAGUUCUUCUCUACAAAAACCAAAACAAGUUCUCUAUCGGACUACAGGUCCCUCAGAUUUCUUAAGUAAUGCCUGGGGAACAGCCACUGUUCAGCUGUAGGGCCCAUGUUUUUCACAUGGGAGAUCAGGAGAGUAAGAAGCACUGGAUUCAGAUUAGUAAAACGGCUGCAGUAGUUCACUUUUAUUAUGACAAUGCUCGUGCCACGUACCGAAUUAUAAGUGUUGAAGACUCAAAAGCUGUUGUGAACAGCACAGUUACGGCGAGCAUGGUUUUUACAAAGACUUCUCAGAAAUUUGGCCAGUGGUCAGAUGUUAGUGCCAAUAUUGUGUAUGGACUUGGUUUCAGUGGAGAGAAAGAACUCAAUCAGUUCCACGAUUAUUUUGAGGAGGUGAAAUUACUUACAAGAAAACAUUCAAAAUCUAAGCAAGAAAUAAAUGGUGCUAUGGACAAUGAUACUUUGAAAAAAACAGGUACUACACCAGUCAACCCACUAUGUCACACGAGGACAUCAAGUCUUUCCUCUUUACCAAUCAGUACAAGUAAUCUACAAGACCAGCGACGGGGAUCUCUCUCCAGUUCUGCUACUAGUCUUCCUGGAAAUGUCACCGAAGCCCAUUUGAAAUAUGAAAAUGAUAGGUUAAAGUUGGCAUUAGCCCAAAGUUCAACAAACACCAAAAAAUGGGAAAUUGAGCUGCAGACAUUGAAAGCCAACAACCAAAGAUUGACGACAGCCCUUCAAGAGAGCACAGCAAAUGUUGAAGAAUGGAAAAAACAACUAGCAGCUUACAAAGAGGAAAAUGCCCGACUCAAAAAACGGGUUCAAGAAUUAGAAUCUUUACCAAUGUCUUCAGAACAAAGUAAUAAUUUAGUAAAAGCAGAACUGUCACAAGUAACUUCCCGUUUAAACCAGGUGCAAUUAGAUUCUUCAAACAAGAUGCAGGAAAUUGAACAUCUUCAUCGACGUAUUAAAGAAUUAUCAAAUGCAGAAGCUGAAAAUGCUAUUCUCCAGGCUAAAAUACAGAAAAUAGAUUCUGAUAAAGAGAAAGCUACAGUGAAGGCCGAAAAUCUACAGCGAUUGUUGAAUGAAGCGAAAUCCACUUAUGAACUCGAGAAUAACGAAGUACUUGAAUUGCACAACCAGCUUAGCAAACAGCUGAAAGAAUCACUGGAACUGCAGGAACUUAUUGUUGCUACUGUGAAGAGAGAAUCUCAAAGUUAACAACACACUAUCUCCGAAAGGAUUGUGACCGAGAUUGUUUGUUUUGACACUGCUUUGAAUAUCUGUGCAAUAGCCGUGCGUUUUGUUGGCUGUGAAUGACACAUUGAUAUCAGCUAUCAAUAACGGCUAUGUUCACAGGAUAAGUGUUGACUAAACUAUAGUGAACAAUAUAAAGCAGGUGUUUACCUGAUGGAGUAAUUAAAGGUAUUGAUCUGAGUAAAAGUUGACUCAGACAACAAUAACAGUAACAACAACAAAAUUAUUUUUUAAUAUGAGAAUAGCAUAAAUUGUAAAAAAAAAAAGAAAAUCAAAAAUAACAUUGCUUAAAAGAAAAGGAAUUUUCAACAAUUAGAAGAAUGUAUGAUUUUUUGAAGACAGAUAAAACAUUUCUACAUUUUUUAUACUUAAUUAUGGGUCAAAAGAGUGCUCAAAAUUAAUUUUUUCUUUUUUAAAUAUGUGUGUGAAUGUGUUAUGUAUAAUAUUGAAUGCUAUAUGACUGGUUGUGUGUUUAAUGCUACACAGGAAAAACCUAACAAAAACAUGGCGAUAGAAAAGUAAUUGAUUGUGUGUGUGUGUGUGUGUGUGUGUGUGUGUGUGUGUGUGUGUGUGUGCUUCAAUGCUAUGAAUAUGCUGCAUGUAAUCAUAUGAAGGACAUGUAUUACUAGAGACAGGAGGGUAUGUGCACUCAAAGAAUGGACAGCAGUACUGUCCAUGUGUGUGAGAAAGAAAGAGAAAGGGAAAGAAAAAAGUGAAUUUACAUGUUGCAUAUGUUGUAACUAAGAACUAGAACAACUUGAAGAAGAAGAAAAAAAGUGUUUGAUCUGCCUUCUCUCCUUUUGUCAUGUUUUGGUUUUAUUUUUGCUUUCCUUUGUACCAAAACAAAUUCUUCUUUCAAAGAAAGAAGAAACGAAUAUAGAAGUGUGUGUGUGUGUGUGUGUGUGUGUGUGUGUGUGUGUGUGUGGCUUGAUGAAUGCUUGUAUUUACCAGCAAAUGUAAAAGUACUCAAUACAUAUAAAAUAGACUGUAUAUUUUAUUACUUCUUACAUUUACAAUGCCUGCAACGAUUCAAGAAGCUUCAGCUUCAAAUAAUAACGAUAAUAAUGAUAAUAAUAAUAGCAACACAUACACAUACACACACACACACAGUGAUGGCGCCAUGAUAAAAUAUAUAUCCAAUACACUCUGUAAAGUGGUUGGUGACAAAAGGGACAUGCAGCCAUAGAAGCCACACCACACAUGAAAUAUGAAUAGCAAGUCAUGGUCCUCCACACCAUCUCGGAAGGCAGUGACUCUGAAUAGGAGCUGACUCAGAAUGUGACAACCCGUCCAACCCAUGCCAGCAUGGAAAGCAGGCAUAAAACGAUGACUAUGAUGAUUACAUGUAGACUUUAGCUAUAGCAUAGGGGUUUUCAAUCCAAAAUUGAACCUUGGUUUUAAUAUUUUUGGCUCAUAAAAGUAUUUGACGACAAUUGAUUACGCAUGUGAUUUGUGUGAAAUGUUACUCAUUUAAGCUGAAACUUCCAGAAUUUUAUUUUUCUCUAUUUCAUUGUAUUGAAUUCUUUUUUUUUUUGUUUUUUGCUGGAUUGUUUACAUCAUUGUGUAUUUCCUUUCUGUAUCUGUGUGUAUGUGUGUGCAUAUACAAGCGUUGUUUGUGUGUGUAUAGGUAGAUUGAUAGGUGGAUCAAAUUUGCUGUGGUAAAGUUAUACAGAUACACACACUCUCACGUAUAUCUAUAUGUACACACACACACACACAUAGGGCAAUUAUAGAUACAGUUAAACAGUUAAAAGAAUAGAAAUAAGGGUCACUACAAUACAAUUUUCAAUUCCAUUUUACAUAGAUAUUGUUAACAAUUGAUAUUUUGACAUCACAAAUGCCAUAUUCAUUGCUCAUAAGACAAAUACAAAAAAAUAAAGGACAGUUCAGUAUAACAAGA